AUGGCGAUGGCGAUGGCGGCGCUGGCGGCGGCGGCGGCCUGGGCGGGCUGCGCCUGGCGGGUGGCCCUGACGCCCGGCAUCCCCGCCGGCGCCCGCCGCCACGUCUUCGCCCGGCAGCACCCCGAGGCCUCCGUGGCCGCCGUCUUCGAGGCGCUCACCGACACGGCCGUCGACAUGGCCGCCGACAACGCGCACUACUUCGGCUUCCCCUACUACCUCGAGAUCCGGCUGAGCUGCGCCAGGCAGGAGCCCGAGCGGGCGACGCGGCGGGCGCACCUGCGGGGGCUGUGCCCCGUCGUCACCGUCACCUUCGAGGAGCCCGUGCACCCCGUGCGCCAGAAGCCCGAGCGGCUGCAGAUCAAGAUGCGGGCGGUGCCGUACCGCCAUCCCACGCCCUGCGACAGCGAGGAGCUCUGCCGCCUGCGCUGGUACACCCCCAUGCCCAUGGUGAACGGCAGCGCCGUCAUGGACGUCUGGGUGCAAAGCAACAUGCCGGACUUCGGCAUCAGGCAGCGGAGGUUUUCCGUCAACGUCAACGGCUACGUGAAGGAGACGGAGAAGGGGCCGCAGUGCACCAUCGGGCACCGGGUCACGAAGCUGAAGGAGCUGAUGGAUGAGUACAGCCCCUCGCGGCCCUUGUGGGCAACCGUGGACAAGGCCCCGGUCCUGAUCCUCGGCGGUUUCUCCAAAAACAAGGUCAUCUUGCUCUCCGAUACGAAGUUCGAGGAUUUAAUCGCUGUGGAGGUCGACAUCGACAGCUGCUGGAUCGGGUCCCUCACCUGCCCCUGGACCGAGUUCUCCUCCACCAUCUUGGACGCCAUCGCCACCGAGAGCACCCUCUUCAUCCGCCAGAACCAGCUGGUCUACUACUUCACGGGGAAUUACUCCAUCCUGCACAUGGACACGCAGGGAUCGACCCUCUGGACCCGCGUGCUCAACCGCGUCUGCGUGAGUAAGCUGAACCCCGUCCCCUUCUCCCACAACGGCUCCGAGUACGUGAUCGCCAUCGGCGGGGGCCAGCAGAAAGCGGAGUUCUUCCUCGGCACCGUUCGAGACGGCGUGGUUCACUUCUCCGACUCGAUCAGGGCUGAAAAGAAGACGGUGUGCGAGUACUUCGAGUUUUCAGCAUCCUGCAAGAUCCAGUGGGCAGUCUACAUCCCCGAGGAGAACAAAACCCUUCUGCUGGUGCAGCAGGAGAAACACAACACUACCUCUUACCACAUUGUCGCAUGCGAGCACGAAAACCUGCAUUUCUCCAUCGUGUACAACGUACCCUACUUCCGGCCCAAAGCCACGGAGAAGUCGUUCGUGAUGCUGAUGGGCUUCGAGGAAUACAGCGACACUCCCAUGGUGCUGCGAGGCUUGUCCUACAAUCCCUUCAGCACCAUCUUCUACAUCUGGGGCAACGCCAUACUGCAAAGCUACGACAUUAAAAACUACAUUUUCCUCUCCGAAUUCUCCGGCGAGUCCGUCAUCAAAUACUUCAUUCAGUCGUACAGGGGGGAGAUCGUGUGCGUGACUGAGACGGAAGAGGUCUGGUUCUUCAUGGAGGGCAGCUCGGUCAUCGAGAAGGUCUUCCCCAGCAGAGCUUGGAGCAUGUAUGCCAGCAUCCAGCUCCUCAAGGGCUCCCAUUACUACGGCGUCCAAGAGUCUUCCCUGAGCUUCUUCUACAGCCAGGAAGGGCUGCAGCAGCUCGUUUACGUACUCAAAAAGGGCGACAAGAACGGGAGGAUCGUCAAGAGGAAGUUUCCCAUCACCUACAUCCUCUCGCACCGCUGCUUCUACUCCCACCACUAUUCCUCCAGCAGCAGCCUCGGGCUCAAGUUCAUCGGCUUCACCAACCUCUGCCCUUUCACCGUCAUGAAGUUCAGGGACCUGCCCAAGCCGCAGCGCUUCAGCCGUCUGGAGCACUACCGCGCCGAGCCGCCGGUCGUCAUGGACGAAACGGGAUUCCACAACAACAAGUCCCUGGCUGUGUAUCAGGGCCUCGUUUUCCACCUCCUCUGGCUUCACUCCGACUACAACCGGCCUUACGCUGAUCCUGUCCACGACCCAACGUGGCGCUGGUGGAAAAACAGAAAGCAAGACGCGGAUUACUACCUCUACCUGGCCAGCAUGGGCAGCUCCCCGGGGGGCCUGUACAUCAACAUGGAGCACUACGUGAAGAUCUAUGACCUGCGCUCCAACAACGAGCUGCCUGAGCAGAUCUACCUGGACAAGAGCGACGUGUACAGCUUCUCCGUGACCCUCAGUAUCCGCUCCACCAGAGAGGAGAACAUGUGGGAGAAGAACUUCCUCAGCAGUGUGAAGCUCACGGUGGUCCUCUCACACCCCUUCAACCUGGUCUUCUUCCUCCAAAGGAGGAACCUGGUGAACCGGGCCUCGGUGCUCUAUAAGGUGAGCAUCCAGGACACGGCACUGUACCCGCAGCAAGAGCUCAGCGGGAAGAACUUGCUGAAGAGCUCCAUGGUGCUAAAGGUGGUGAACUCGGCGACAAACUGUUACCAGUACUCGGAGUCAGGACCAGCGCUGCAGGGCUACAAGAUGGUGCCCGUGUACAUCGGCUGCCCGCCGGGCAAGCGCAUGGCUUUCGACAUCACCAACACCCUCAAACACACCACCAGCAUGAACAAACGCUACUUCAACUGCGUGGGCCAGAACUCCGAGAUGCCGUGCUUCUUCUUCGAGGACGUGUUUUACCCUCUCUUCCUGAUCCAGGACAUGGUGACAGGGGACUCGGGGUCCUUCUCGGGACGGUACACGCUGAAGGUCAUCGGUGGCGGCCCGAACUCGGAGGAUGCCAUCGUACGCUACAAACCUGAGGACAUCUGGAAGUACAACAGCCCUCUCUCCAGCACAGAAUCGAGCCUGAUAUGGCAAAAAGCUGACAGAGUGAUGUCCGAGACCGACCCCCAAGGAUACCCCAUACACUCCAGCACAAGCAACGGCAUCAGGUGGCUGUGCCAGAGGAACUCGCCGUGCCACGACGUCUCGCCCGUGGGGCUGACGGCCCCCAGCUACUUCUUCUUGGUGGUGGUGUCCAACAAAGACGUGGACACGUCCACCUACUGCGACUACGACCUGGAGUUCGUCAUCCACGUGCACGGGCUGCAGCUCAGCUCCACCAGGAAGCUGUAUUUCAUGAAGAUGACCAUGAGCACGCUGAUCGGCCUCAUCACCGUCUACUUCUUCUACUGCCGGGCGGGGAGGAAGAUCAUGGCGUCCUUCUUCAACAUGGUGCGCAAGCUGGAGGAGGCGUCCGCGCUGUCGGCAGGCUCCACCAGCACCAGCGUCUCCUCGGUGAUGAGCAGGAUGGAGCCCAGCGACUACCUGCUCUCCACCAACUCGGUCCACAGCGCCGUCAGCGAGCCGGUCCACCGCAGGCAGAUGUGA